AGAUGUUCAGCCGUCAGAGCACGUUCAGAGCAAGAGAAACCAAACUAGACGACGGUGCAACCAGUCCUAACUAACUUGAGUAACUUGCAGUUCUUUGGCCUCAGCAUAGCACGCUGCCGGUCCAAAACAGUUUGACACCCGCUGGUCUUAACUCAUCUAUAGCAAUCUAAUUGUUAUAGUGUAUGCAUGCAGUCCAGACCUUUCAACUCGAGAUAAUUUCUCUCAAGAUCAACAUGGCAUCCUAUCAACUCUUUUUGUGCCUGGGAGUUAUUAUGAGCAGUUUUCUUUUGCCGAUACUUUGUGACGACGAGACCAAAUUCACCAGAAUAGAUCCCGGUACUGAAAUCAAGGAAGAAGUGCUGAAAGAUGAUGCAGGAAUUGGGCAAGAUGUGGCGAAAGAGCUGGAGCAGCCAGACCAAUACACAAUGGAGGAUGACAAGAAAGCUACUGCUAAAGAGCCCGAUGCUGACAUGACAGAAGAUAAGAGAAAGGAUUUUGGAUUGGGGCACACACUGGAAGGCAAUCGAGAUCGCUCCAGAUCAAGGAGUCGUGGUUAUAACCAGAGGGUGAAGACUAUCGUUCAACCAGUAGCAGCAAAGCAACGACCCAAAGCCCCCGUCCAAGUUGGCAUUACUCCCCGCAUGGCAAGAAUGCUUGUAGCUAUGCAUAAUAAUUACAGGAGAAAUGUACCUGGACCCGCAGCAAAUAUGGAGGAAAUGACAUGGGACGAUGAUCUUGAAUCUAUGGCUGCGGAUUACGCGAAGGAAUGCAUAUGGGGUCAUGGCAACCCUGACAACAUUACUCCAUACCAACACGUAGGGCAGAACUUAGCGUAUAGCAGGGGUGGUGCUCCAGCCUCUCCAAUGUAUCUCAUCUCACAUUGGUUCAAUGAGAAGGAGAACUAUGAUAUCAAUACGGACUCGUGCGUACCGGGAACUGUAUGUGGACACUACACUCAGAUUGUUUGGGCUCAUACCAAGAAAAUGGGCUGUGCAAUGCACUUAUGUCCAGUCCUACGUGAUCCUCUGAUAGAAGGAGCCAGCUUCAAGAAUGCCCAGUUGCUUGUCUGCAACUAUGGACCUGGAGGGAACGUGAAUGGCCAUGCACCUUAUCAGAUCGGACAACAAUGCAGUCUGUGUGCUUCAGGAUUGGGGAACUGUAAAAACGGACUUUGCAGUGGAUGUUCCUUGCUUGACCAAGGAUGUGAAUGUCGCCUUGAUUGUCAGAAUGGUGGCAGUAUAAACCCCGAUGCGUGUAAGUGUGACUGCCCUGCAGGAUGGACCGGAACACUCUGCCAAAAUGUAUGUAAUAAUACCCAUCCAUGGUGCGGAGACGGAUGGCCCAAGCAAUGGUGCUUCCUGGAGAACGACGCUAACCCAGUGGAACAGCUAUGUCCAGCACUUUGUGGCGUAUGUGAGUGUGGUGGUCCCGACUGUGUGAACGGUGGAGUCAAGAAUCCAGACUCGUGUAUGUGUGACUGUCCCAAACCAUGGACUGGUGCAUCUUGCUCAGAGUGUAAUAUCCAGUGCAUACAUGGUACAAUGGAUCACGCAAACUGUCAAUGUACGUGUAAUGACGGUUGGAUGGGCGAAUCCUGUGCAGAGCGCUGUGAGAAUACCAACAAAGUGUUAUGCCAUCGGGGUUGGUAUCCAAAUUGGUGUGAUGCUGAACAUCCAUACGUACUCAAAUACUGCCAGGCUAUGUGUGGCGUAUGUAAUCCUGUUAUGGCAGCAGAACCAACUGGGGAUUGUGAUGUGACGUGUUACAAUAAUGGCGUGGUCAAUCAGCAGACUUGUCAGUGCGAGUGUUUGGACGGAUGGCAUGGGGAAGACUGUACAGUGCAAUGUGAAGAUCAGUUCCAAUACUGCGAGUGGUCAGAUGCUAUCAUGUGUGAGAACAAUGAAGACUUCGCUCUAAACUUCUGCCCGGUAUCCUGUGGCAAGUGCAACCCCAAUUUACUCGGCGGUUCGUCACGCCUCGUCUAAAAAACACGUUUUGAUUUUCUCCGGCGACAAUCGUGGGCGUUACAUUUGUAAGUCGAAGGUCUUUACAAUAACAACACUGACAGUGGUGCCAGCAAACUCAGACAUUAUUCCUAACACGUUUUUGUAGCAAUGGAUGGAAGGUUUGAGAGCCCAAGUUUAUGACAGGAACCGCAAAAUAGAAGUUAAAGGUGCUAUGUCAGAUUUUUGGCCCCAAACAUUAAACCAAAAAAUUGUUGAGUGAAUGGUAUUUCAAAGAGUAUCACCC